AUGACUGUUGCUAAUCAUGAAGCGUGGCUGCUGCUACUGCCUGGAAGGCGUUUAAUGCACUGUGCUAUCGAAGCACAUGACUACGGGGCUGCCCGAGAUGCUUACGAGAGCAUGCCUAGUUCGUGUCAGGAAACAGGAUCAACGCAGUUUCUGCUGUUCAAAAUUGCUUUGAGGUCGUUGGAUUUAGAUACGGCAAAGAGAUGCCUUGACAAUAUCUGCAACGGGCCAAGCAAGGAUAUAGCAAUCCUUUACGCUUGUGCAUUGGAGGCGCAAUCCAUGGGCAAUAAAGAUAUCAUUUUGAAGGUCCUGAGUCAGCUACUAGAACAGGCAGAUACAACGACGCCGCCGGAAGGCGCCAAUCUUCCCGCGAUAUACAGAACUAUGAUCCGGUUAAUUCUGUCAGAUAUUCAAGAAAAUAAAGCCGUUGAAAGUGGGAUCCUGGAUACUCUGUACUCCAUCUUCCGAAAAGCGUUGAACAAUGCUAUAAAAUCCAAAACAACGUGUGAAGCUGCAGCGGAUGGAACAUCAAAAUCAAUGUGGAGUACAGACGAGUACGAUUGGUUCUCCCGCAAUUCCUACAAUCUCGCAUUAAGGGCCCUGCAACAUUGGCCUCCGCAGUACGCCCUUCAUUUCUCACAGCUUUGUGUUCAGCUACGAGACUAUGGUGACGCACGAAAAUCAAUCAUAAGCUUUCGUGAAAUACGAGAAAAGUUACAUCCUCGGUUGACAGAGCAAUCGCAAAAGGACUUUGGAGAAAGAUAUCUGGGAUUGUUGAGUCAUGAAUUUGAGGCCUGCGUGCAUCUGGAAGUGUGGGAUGAUUUACCUGGGAUUGUUGAGGAAGUCGCUGAGUUCGGUCAAUUACAACCUUUGAGGAGAAUUGGUGAUAUGAUCUUAUGUGCUGAUGCUCCUACGGCGACCUUCCUUCUUGUCCUAGAAAACCUCAUUAAUCAUUGCCUCCGAAUCGAAAAGCACAAAAUCGACAAGAUCGCCAGGUGGGUCAGGGUGCUUCUACAAAAGUCUCUACAAGGGGAUCUUGACCGUGCCGAGAGAUUGGUUUAUCAAAUUUUGGAUAUCUGCCAACGGCGAGCGGUGGGAAAUGAAUACCCACAAGAUGAGCUCGAAUGGAUUGCAGCUUCACUUUGGAAUUUGGGAAUUGAUAAGAAUUGUGCGGGUGAUUACCCAGGAUCUAAAAAGUGGGCAGAAUUUGCUCUGUCGAUAGCAGGUUUCGUCAAAGAUGGAGGACAGCUUGAAAGCCUGUUACAGGGGAAAUUUGCAAGUUUGCGAACUGGUUGA